GAACUCCCCUCCCUCCACACCAUGCAGCAGCUGGUGCUUAUGCCAGCCUCUCACCACCUCUCAUCGCCCUCCUCCUUCCUCCUCUCUCAGACACAACACACAGGGCACCAAGGUACACAUGAACAUCCAAAUGAAAGGGUUGCAAUAUUACGUAAACCUUCCCAAAGUUCACAGGUUUUUCUAGAUACAGUAUACCAGUUUGAGGACUCAAAAAACCAGGAGAGAAUAAGCAGGGAGGGAAUCCUCCAACUGGGAAUCCUUCAACCAGGGUUUCUGAAAAAUCUGGGAAGUUUGGGAAAGUUACAAUAUCUAUGAUACUUCUCUAAACAAAUUGUAUCAAUAACUGUUUUUUUCCCCGUGUAGCACUUCUGCAGCAGAACCUCCACAACUUUCCCACCCAGAGCCAGUCAGGUCUCCUGCAACACCAGCCUGGGUUAGCACUGACACCUCAGGUAAAAAAUCACACCUCUUUCACCAGUUGACAUUAUUAGCUGUAUGGAAGAGACAAAGAGAUGUAAGUCAAGUGACCACAUUUGCUGAGAAGAUUAAAGGACAACAAUACAGGUCAUGCAUCCGGAUCCUUAAACUUGAUAACCGAAUUAACCGUUUACAGGACAUACCAUGAGAGGGAUAAGGAUUUACAGUAUCAUAGAACUUUCACUGACAUCAGUCAGAUAUACACUGAGUGUACAAAAUAUUAAGAACACCUUCCUAAUAUUGAGUUCAGAGCCGGUCCUUGCCGUUCUGCCGCCCUAGGCGAGACCCCGCAAAACUAGAAUAGUCCCAGUAAGCAAAUUUACAUUGAAAAUACGUUUAAAAUACGUAUUUUCCAGACGGUGAAGUUAGGUUCAAUUUAGGUUCUCAAUGAAAGGUGAAAAUACGUAUUUUCCGCACGUUUAAAAUACAUAUUUUACAGGAAGUUGAAAAGGCAUCUUUUCCGGAUGUUGAAAAAUACGUAUUUUCCGGACGUUGAAAUCAUGUUCAUUUUCAGUUCUGAAUGAAAGUUGAAAAUACUUAUUUUCCGGUUGUUGAAAAUACGCAUUUUCCAGAUGUUGAAAAUAUGUCUUUUUCGGAUGUUGAAAUCAAGCUAAUUUUUGGUUCUGAAUAAAAGUUGAAAAGUCGUCAUUUAUAGACAUCUAUGUUUGGGCCAAAUCAAGGCUGGUCCAGACAGGACAAAAUCUGAACCAAACAUAGAUGUCUAUGAUUGGUCAGAUUUGGUCCAGACCGGACAAAAGACCAAUGUCCGUGGAUGUGGAAAUAAAGGCCGGUCCGGACUGCACCAAAAAAAGAUGCCAAAAAGGAGUCGGCUUCGGUCCGUGCUUACUGAGGUGUAGCCUACAGUGUUGCCUGAAAUUGAAUUUUAUGAAUGCCCAUCUAUGUGGUAAGCCUACCGUUUGUAAAAAAAACACAAAAAAAUGAUGUCAGGUCUGGACAGGACCAAGAAAAGACGUUGGCUCGUGCUUACUGGGAUGUAGACUACCAUGUCUGCCCGCAAUGGAAUUUUAUGAAUGCCCAUCCAUGUGAUAGGCCCACCAUUUGUAAAACAGGUCGUUGCAUUGGCUUUAUUAUUCCUGAUUCCUGUGACUAAUCAAUUUGGCUAUUUAAGCUCUGAAUAUCAGCUACUCAACUUUAUCAGGAGUUAUGGUGAGCCUAUUUGCAAUGUGUUCUUUUUCGCUAUGAUCAGCUUGUUAAAAAUUUACGGAUACAAACUUGAAACAACUGAUCAUGAAAAUGAUGUGAAAGUCCUGUACUUCAUUUGUGAUUGUCCAUAUUUUCCAUUUUACUUUGUCCUGUCCUAGUUUUGGGAUAUGUUGUUUGUUAACAUGACAGUGCAUUUUUUAUUUGAUUGGGUGCCAUUUAGGUUAGGCUAUUUGAUCGGAGAAACCUGCAUGAUGUAAAAAGUGUCAGUCUCAUUACAUUGUCAUACAUUUUAUCUCCAGCCUGUAGGCUACAGAAAAGGCCACAUACUCGUUCUACCAUAUCCUAUACGUGCUACAUGAUUUAUGUUACAUGAUUUUAUUGACAGAACGUUGGUGGAGUGCCGCAGUGAUGUGUCUCUCCAACAGCACCCUGGAGAGGCGCGCUGUGAAUGGACAAGCAAAAUAUUUUGCGCCCCUGCCUUUGACAGUGGGCACUGCUUAUCACAUGGCGGCAUCAACGCUCACCAAAAAGCCCUUAUGCCGCUGGUUGAGAGAAAUAGCCAUUGAUUGGGGACAAAAUUAGGCCUAUGUGAGGUUUUAUGUGUUGUUGGAGGUGCGUCUUGGUCAGUUUAACUUUGAAAAUGCCGCCCUCGUCAAUCUGCCGCCAUAGGCGGACACCUAAUCCUGCCUAAUGAGCGAGCCGGCCGUGAAUAAGUUGCCCCCCACACCCCUUUUGCCCUUAGAAUAGCCUCAAUUAGUCAGGGCAUGGACUCUAUAAGGUGUCGAAAGCGUUCCACAGGGAUGCUGGCCCAUGUUGACUCCAAUGCUUCCCACAUUUGUGUCAAGUUGGCUGGAUGUCAUUUUGGGUGGUGGACCAUUCUUGAUACACACGGGAAACUGUUGAGUGUGAAAAACCCAGCAGCAUUGCAGUUCUUGACACAAUCAAACCUGUGCGCCUGGCACCUACUACCAUAACCCGUUCAAAGGCACUUAAAUAUUUUGUCUUGCCCAUUCACCCUCUGAAUGGCACACAUACACAAUCUAUGUCUCAAAUGUCUCAAGGAUAAAAAAUCCUUCUUUAACCUGUCUCCUCCCCUUCAUCUACACUGAUUGAAGUGGAUUUAAAAGGUUACAACAAUAAGGGAUCAUAGCUUUCACCUGGAUUCACCUGGUCAGUCUAUGUCAUGGAAAGAGCAGGUGUUCUUAAUGUUUUGUAAACUCAGUGUAUUAAUGAGGAAAAAUGAAGAGAACAUUUGCAUAACACAAUAACAUGUUCAAUUUCCGUAUGAACAAGGUUUCUAACACUGCUAUAAUUUUCACACUUUUUAUCAUCCAUUUAACCAUAUUUCUCCUCACCACUGUGUUCCUUAAAGGCCAUGAGUCGGUCGGGCCUGACGUCGUCGGUCAUGGAAGGACACCUGGACAUGUCCCACCUGCAGGUCCCCAAACACAUCGGGGCCCCCCAGCAGGACGAUCCCAGUGACCUAGAGCAGCUGGAACAGUUUGCCAAGGCCUUCAAACAGAGACGCAUCAAACUGGGCUUCACCCAGGUACAGACUGAGGGCCACCGGCUCAAAAUACAAUACAGCUUUAUUUGUCUUUUUGCUGUUUUGUUUUUUCCCUAACCCCUGGAUACCACACAUACCGGCAGUGCCGUUUCUAGGCAUUAGUGAAAUAAGCAGCCUCUUAGGGCCCCGCAGCCGAACCCCCAAAAAAUUCAAUAAAGAUAGUUUUAUUUUUAUUUUUAGGAAGUCAGUGGGGGUCUCAACUUAUUGUUAGUUAGGAUAGUAGAAUACACAACGUGCAAUUUCGAAAUUUGGUAGUGCAUCAGCAGUUUUCCUCUUGUUAUGUCAGUCACUGACAGUCACUCAAUAAAUCCUUGUCAGCUAACAUUUGAUAGAUUGCUAGGUAAGUUAGUCUAGCAAUCAAAUCUCGCUUAGGGCCCCCAAAAUGCUAGAAACGGCCCUGCAUACCAGUACACUAACACAGGUGGCUAGAAGCCACAGAACAGCACCCCUGGAGCAGGUUAGGGGUUAAAUGUCUUGCUCAAGGGCACAAUGGCAAUAUGCAGCACCUGAGGAAGGCCCUCAAAAUUGUCAAAGACUCCAGCCACCCUAGUCAUAGACUGUUCUCUCUGCUACCGCACGGCAAGCGGUACCGGAGCGCCAAGUCUAGGUCCAAAAGGCUUCUCAACAGCUUCUACCCCCAAGCCAUAAGACUCCUGAACAGCUAAUCAUUGCUACCCGGACUAUUUGCACUGCCCCCCCACCCCCACCCCCCUCUUUUACGCUGCUGCUACUCUGUUUAUUAUCUAUGCAUAGUCACUUUAACUCUACCCAGAUGUACAUAUUACCUCAAUUACCUAGACUAGCCGGUGCCCCCGCACAUUGACUCUGUACCAGUACCCCCUGAAUAUAGCCUCCCUACUGUUAUUUUAUUUUACUGCUGCUCUUUAGUUAUUUGCUUUUAUUUUUUUACUUAACACUUUUUUUUAAACACUUCUUUAAAAAAUGCAUUGUUGGUUAAGGGCUUGUAAGUAAGCAUUUCACUGUAAUGUCUACACCUGUUGUAUUCGGCGCAUGUGGCAAAUACAAUUUGAUUUGAUUUGAUAUUCCGAUUCUCACUCCCACCAGAUAUUUUCCUGUCAGCCCUGGGAUUUGAAGCUACUGCCUCACUCUGAUUACUGAUAUGCCACCUAACCUCUGUACUUGGUGUACCUGCUCACUUUGAAAUAAUCAACUAUUGAAACACACACAGUUCAAAGACAGUACUGAAGUGACUUACGUUUUCUGUAGUCAAAAUACUUAAAGGAGAUCAAUAACAUUAUUAUUUGAAGGUUUGCCGUAAUCAGAUUCAAAUAUAUCCUGUCUGUGUGUGUGUGUGUGUGUGUGUGUGUGUGUGUGUGUGUGUGUGUGUGUGUGUGUGUGUGUGCGUGUGUGUUCCAGGGUGAUGUAGGCCUGGCUAUGGGGAAGCUGUAUGGGAAUGACUUCAGCCAGACUACCAUCUCCCGCUUCGAGGCACUCAACCUGAGCUUCAAGAACAUGUGCAAGUUGAAGCCGCUACUGGAGAAGUGGCUGAGCGACGCAGGUAUUAUAGUGUAUAACAAUAUAUUUUGUAGAUGUCUUUACACACUUGUACAGUAUAUUUCUACGUCAAGAGGAUAUUUAUUUAAUUGUAUUGGCUAGAAAUUCCUUUUAGAUAAAAUGUAUGUUGGUAAAUCAUGUUCACUAUCUCUUUCCACAUCAGAGAAUUCUCCCUCUGACUCUAUGGCCAACGUUGCCUCUCUACCACCCCUGAUCGAAGGCUAUGGAAGGAAAAGGAAAAAGAGAACAAGCAUUGAAACCAACAUCAAGCUCACCCUGGAGAAACGCUUCCUUAACGUGAGUUAACUCUGUCCAUCACCUAAUGUUGUCCCCUGCACUUCCAACCAUAAAUACAUAAUUUAGGAACUGUUGAUAUAAGUCGUAUUUGGGUGUUAAGGAGCGCGGUUUGGGGGAUCAUGUUUCGAAGGAGGUAUGACUCGACCUUUGCCUCUCCUGAGUCUGUUGGGGAGUUGCAGCGAUGAGAGAAGAUCGUAAUUGGAUCGUAAUUGGAUUUCACGAAAUUGGGUAGAAAAAAAUAAAAUGCUUUUCCAUGCAGGGAGCAAAACAAUUCUCCAUCAUGCACAUUGUUGUGACACUUGAGUGACUACAUAGCAGCCAUUUUUAGUUAGUUGCAAUGGUGAUACAUAUGAUAUGGCUUAUUUUAAGACAUUAUAGAAGCUCAUGCAUGCUUAUAAUAAGUAAUAAGCAUUAUACCUGCAGGCUUUAUAGUUAGCUACCAAGGUUUAUUUUCAGAACGCCAAGCCCAACUCAGAGAAGAUCACAAUGAUCUCAGAGCAGCUACAUAUUAUAUGCCCUAUUAUAAGACAUUAUAAAGGUUCAUUCAUGCUUAUAGCACCUACAGUAAUACCAAUAUACAAAUGUUUCUAUUCAGAACCCCAAGCCUAACUCAGAGGAGAUCAUGCUGAUCUCAGAGCAGCUGUCUAUGGAGAAGGAGGUGGUGCGUGUGUGGUUCUGUAACCGCAGACAGAAGGAGAAGAGGAUCUACUGCCCCAUGUCCACCUCACCAAUGAAACCACAUAACUUCCACUCCAGAAUG